AUGUCAGACACAAAGGCAGACCAGAGCAUCUCAGGCGCCAUCGCCAACGCAGCAUCCACAGUCAGUGACGAGGCAAAGGCCCUCUUUGGCGGGGUCUCUGCUGCUGUCACAGGCGCGUCCACAACCACCACCAAGGACACUGCCUCUCCAGCCACUGCUACUGAGAGUAAGAAGGACGCAGAGGCUGCUCCUAAAUCCAUUGCUGAAGCUGCACCGACAAAGACGACAGACGACGCAGCAGACGAGGACAAGGCCGAGGAGGAAGAAGCAGAUGUCCACUUCGAGCCUGUCAUCAAACUCGAUAAAGCAGUCGAGACCGCCACGAAUGAAGAAUCCGAAGAGGCAGUCUUCAAGAUGCGAGCAAAGCUCUUCAGGUAUGAUAAAGAGGCCGGCGAGUGGAAGGAACGCGGGACGGGAGAUGUCAAGUUCCUCAAGCACAAGGAAUCGGGAAAGACACGUUUGGUGAUGAGGCGGGACAAGACACUCAAGGUGUGUGCCAAUCACUACAUUAUGCCAGAUAUGACACUCUCACCCAAUGUGGGCAGUGAUCGGUCGUGGGUGUAUGCCACGUCCGCGGAUGUGUCGGAGGGUACAGCGACUGCUGAUACGCUGGCCAUUCGUUUUGCCAAUGCAGAGAAUGCAGGACUCUUCAAGGAUGCAUUCGAGGUGGCUCAGAAGGGGAACAAAGAGGCCUUUGAGAAGAAGUGA